UGGGCGAUCAUUCAAACACUUGCUUACCGACGAGCAACAAUGUGCCAACGGAUAUAUUUUUAAAAUAAUUUGUUUGGAAUUAGUUUGUGCCGAAUUUAUGGACAAUAUUGUGUUACUAUAGUAAAAUAAAUUGAAUAAAGUGAUUAAUUAAUAAAAGUUGUGUCAAAAAGUUUUGUGGUAUCAAAAAUGGCUGGAUCACACAAGAAGCAUAAAACUGGAACGUACCAGAUAAUUAGAUCAUUCACUGGGGAUUGUCCGGCUGUUUCAAAUUAUCUCGCCGACAAGAAGACUAAAUCAGCUUGGUUGGCUCCAAAGUUUUUAGACGCGUUUUUCAGGUCUUACAGUCAGGUGAUGUUGUGUAAUAAUACAUUAAGCGGUGUAAUUAUGUACAUAGCUUUAUUAUUCGCUCAUCCACUUGGAGCCUUCACAUCGACUAUAACUUGUUCUAUCGGAAUCUUUACUGCAUAUUUGAUCCGUCAACCAGGUAGCGUUUUGUCAAAUGGAUUAGCCGGGUACAAUCCGCUCCUCGUCGGCAUGGUGACAGCCGUCAGUCAACCCAAUAUGCUUACUGGUGAUACAGCUGUCAUCGCCUGGUUAUACGUCAUCAUUGCCUCUAUUAUAUCAGUAUACUUAGCAGUGCAUUUGGCAUCUCUGCUGGGAAGAGCGGAGCUCCUGGUCUGA